CCCGGCCCGGCCCGGCCCGCCGCGCCCUCGGCACAGGCGCCGCCGCGGGGUCCGGCGGAUGAUGGUGCGCGGCGCGCCGGGGGCUCCCAGCCGCCACAGCCGAGGCGCCCGGGCGCAGCGGGCCGCGGCGGGCAGCCGACCCCCGCACGGGGCGCGGGGCGAGCGGCCGCGGUGAGGCCGAGGGCGGCGCGGGCGCAGCGGCCAUGGGGGCCCUGACUAGCCGGCAGCACGCGGGCGUGGAGGAGGUGGACAUCCCGUCCAAUUCCGUGUACCGCUACCCGCCCAAGUCCGGAAGUUAUUUUGCCAACCACUUCAUCAUGGGAGGAGAGAAGUUUGACUCAACUCACCCUGAAGGUUACUUGUUUGGGGAGAACAGUGACCUGAACUUUCUGGGGAACAGACCAGUGGCGUUUCCUUAUGCUGCCCCACCUCCCCAAGAACCUGUGAAGACCCUGAGGAGCCUGAUCAACAUCCGGAAGGACACUCUGAGACUUGUCAAAUGUGCUGAGGAAGUGAAGGCCCCAGGAGAAGAGGCUGGCAAAGCUAAAGUUCACUACAACGUGGAGUUCACCUUUGACACGGACGCACGGGUGGCCAUCACCAUCUACUAUCAGGCCACUGAAGAGUUCCAGAAUGGGAUUGCCAGCUACAUCCCCAAAGACAGCAGCCUGCAGUCAGAGACAGUGCGCUACAAGCGGGGCGUGUGUCAGCAGUUCUGCCUGCCCUCCCACACCGUGGACCCGUCAGAAUGGGCCGAGGAGGAGCUCGGCUUCGAUCUGGACAGAGAGGUGUACCCCUUAGUAGUUCACGCGGUGGUGGAUGAAGGAGAUGAGUAUUUUGGCCAUUGCCAUGUACUGCUGGGCACUUUUGAAAAGCACACAGAUGGAACUUUCUGUGUCAAGCCCCUCAAACAGAAACAAGUGGUUGAUGGGGUCAGCUACCUCCUUCAAGAGAUCUAUGGAAUCGAAAACAAAUACAACACACAAGACUCUAAGGUGGCUGAGGACGAAGUGAGCGACAAUAGUGCUGAGUGUGUGGUGUGUCUCUCAGAUGUCCGGGACACCUUGAUCCUGCCUUGUCGUCACCUCUGCCUGUGCAACACCUGUGCGGACACCCUGCGCUACCAGGCCAACAACUGUCCCAUCUGUCGCCUGCCCUUCCGGGCACUGCUUCAGAUUCGAGCCAUGAGGAAGAAAUUGGGCCCUUUGUCCCCAACCAGCUUUAACCCCAUCAUCUCAUCCCAGACUUCUGACUCGGAAGAGCAUUCAUCCUCAGAGAACAUUCCACCCGGUUAUGAAGUAGUAUCUCUUCUGGAGGCCCUCAAUGGGCCCCUCACUCCUUCGACAGCGGUUCCCCCACUUCAUGUGCUUGGAGAUGGCCACCUCUCAGGGAUGCUGCCUUCUUACGGCAGUGAUGGCCACCUGGCCCCUGUCAGGACACUCUCACCUCUCGACCGCCUCUCUGACUGCAGCAACCCAGGACUUAAGCUCAAAAAAAGCCUCUCCAAGUCCAUUUCCCAGAAUUCCUCUGUGCUGCAUGAAGAGGAAGAUGAACGCUCCUGCAGUGAAUCUGAGACGCACCUCUCCCAGCAGCCGUCAGCCCAGCAUCUUGGAGAGGAGUGUGGUGUCACUCCAGAAAGUGAGAACCUUACAAUGUCAUCUUCAGGAGCCAUUGACCAGUCGUCUUGCACUGGGACGCCUCUCUCCUCCACCAUUUCCUCCCCAGAAGACCCUGCCAGCAGCAGUCUGGCCCAGUCGGUCAUGUCCAUGGUGUCCUCCCAAAGCCAGCACUCCCAGAUCAGCACUGACACCGUCUCCUCUAUGUCUGGCUCCUACAUUGCUCCGGGCACUGAAGAGGAGGGAGAAGCCCUCCCCUCUCCUCUGGCUGCCAGCAGGGCCCCCUCAGAAGAAGGAGAGCAGAUGAUGCCAGUGGUGUCUCCAGACCGCAACUUUGUUGGACCCGCUGAAGAGCAGGAUGCAGAGGGAAAUGACGUCAUAGAAGAGGAGGAUGGAUCACCCACACAGGAAGAUGGCCAGAGGACAUGCGCAUUUCUAGGUAUGGAGUGUGACAAUAACAAUGACUUUGACAUCGCAAGCGUGAAAGCACUGGACAAUAAGCUGUGCUCUGAGGUCUGCUUACCCGCCGCAGUUCCGGAGUCCUGCCCCAUAAACAUUGAGGAAUAGGAGCCUGGCAGGCCGAUGACAACGCUGUCAGUCGCAGGAACAUGCGGCGCAGGCGCCUGUCGUCUGGCAGCCUGGAGGACCCAGAGAGCAGACCCUACGUGUGGGGCCCUCUGGCUAUCUGAGAGCCCAGCCCAGGGCCUCCCUCCUGUCCCUGCAUUCCAUCCUGACCUCACUGGACCGCUGACCUCCAGGGCAUCCCAGCAAGACACUUGGACACUUUGCCCAGGGGAUAGCUGGCUCCUCCUCCCAGCUGCCUCUCCUGCAUCCAUGAUCCCUCCCAUCCAGAAGGAAAUGGAAAUUUCCGUCUCCUUCUGGACUGAAACCACUCCAUGAACUGUGGCUCGUGACACCCUUGACAGAGACUCCCUGGAAUGUUCCCAUCAGCUCCUGUUUAUCAGGGGGAGCUGAGAUUCACAUCUGGUAGUUUCUUAGACAUCGGUGUUCUUCUUAGGCGAGAGACCAAGAAGACUCAGUUUGAGGGCCUUCAAUACAAAUACCCACCCUUCUGGCACUUUUCCUACACAUCAUAACCAGUGAGAAGCCUUCAGUCUGGGGUGGGACAGGGUGGGGACUGACUCCCCUGAGAUGGGAAAGCCAUCCUGCACCGUGAGCUUCCUUCCUUUCUUCAAGACUUGAGAAGCAGUGACUGGUUGAAAACAACAGCUCUUGCAUUGGGUCACAGGACUGGCCUGUGCCCUGUGUGUCCGCUGAGGAAGGAGACCUCUUGUCUAAGAACCCAUAAGUAGGAGGGUUUCUCCUGACCAGGCACAUUCAGGAAGGCCUGGGACUCCAGCCUAAGGUGACAUCCAGAAACACAUCUGUGACCACCGAUGUGCUCGGCCCUGUGCCGGGAGCUGUCACAUAUAAUGACAUUCCAUCUUCACUGUCAGGUGGCUUCUGAUCCCACACACCCCCACCCCACCCCCAUCACUGUACCCUUCUGUUAGUGGUUGAAAAUGUAGGCUGAGAGAGGCAUGGGCCAGAGACUCCCAGACGGGUGCCCAAGAGUCCAAGGACAAUGGUGGGAAGUGCUGCACAGGACCUGCAGCUGUGGUUCUGGAUGUCCCCCAAGUCCCCCCACCCCUGUGCGCCUCAACACUGGCGCUCCCGGCAGAUUUCAUAUGCUACUCCUGAUGUCUUUGGAGAAGGUAGUUGUCUGGCAGAGCAUGAGAAUGGGAAGCAGAUUUAGACCCGCUAGGUCCAUGAGGCUGGAGUGUGGCAGUCUUAGACCUGGCUUCAUUACCCUAGAAGGGCUUCCAGAGCCAGUUCCAAGGCCAGCAGCCUCGAAGAGUCCAGUGCCCAGGGGUCCUGCACCAUCGGCAUGGUUUACUGGCAUUGCUGAGCAGGAGUGACCGUCACACUGCCUCACGACAUGGGAAGCUCUUGUCCUGACAGAUGUGACAUGAGCCAAGCCUGGAUCCAAGCCCCCACAUCCAUCCUCUUAGGAUCCUAAAGCAGACUAUAGUAUUCGUUCUUUUCUUCUACAUUCUUGUUUGUUUUUUCCCUAAUUUAUUCCUACCAGAGGUCUCCAAGCCUGAAUGAUCCCAUCAUUCCCAGCAGACUCAUUUUUUAAUUUUUUUAGAGAGUGAGAGACACUACAGCACUGCUCCGCCACGUGUGAGUUUCCCCAGCAGGUGCUCCCAUGUAGUGGCCAGGGGCUCCAACCGGCUCCUUGGACAUAGUGAAGUGUGCGUUCAACCCAGUAAGCUAGCUCCUGUCCCCUCCUCCACAAUUGCACACCCCCGUUAAGAUUUGAAUGAUGCCCCUCAACCUGAUUUCCUGGAAAUUUGAUCCCCAGAGACACCAGUCGGUGGGGACCCUGUUUUGCCUGGGCUGCAGCACAAAGCCGCUUCCUUUCACAGCAAGUGUGACUCACAGUGUGGUGUCACUGGACAUGAAAGCAGUGCAGGUAAACAGUCACCACAGGAGCAUAAAGGGAGGACAUUCUCUCCGUCCCUUCUGGAGGGUCUAUGACACUCCAUACUAGGGGUAGGGGCCUAUCCAAGGAUAUAGAAGACCCCACUUCCAUAAUAAAGACACACCUGACUUAGGGAUGGCCCUUCUCUCCUGCUUCCUUCAAACAGUGGAUGCCCCUUCCCUCCCUCUCUUCUCUUUGACUCUUUGAUAAGCAUAAUAACUAUCACACCCAAACAGGCUGGUCCUCAGCCUGAUACAUCAUCACAUCAGAGGUGGUGUUGACCAAGGGGAAAUCGGGAUGGGGUCCAGCCUCUCACUGGUUGGAAGCCACACCUGAUCUGUGUCCCAUGGCCUGUGGGUGGCAUGGCCGUCAGGCCUUCUCACAGCCUUCCUUCCUUCCCAGCGACAUCUAUGCCAGGACAUCUUACCACAGACCCACAUCCUUUCAUGGUCUCCCCGGGGGAAAUUAGUGCCCUGCCCACCCAAUCACUUCACUUUAAGGCCUGCACACCUGCUAUAAGCAUGUGUGUAAGCGUGAAUGUGCACUGUUGCGCUACCAUGUGCCCCACCAGCUCCCUGGCCCGGAGUACACUCAUGGGUGCGUGACAAUGGGGACAUCAAGGAUGCAAUAUUUAUGGAUUGCUGCAUGAUUCUACAAAAUGAAAUAAAACUGUUUACAAGGGAA